AUGACUAGUGCUUUGGAUUUUGGAGAAAGCACCAAUCCAAAUAUCGACCCUCCAGAGUUGAGUCCUAAGUUUCUACAUUCUGUGAUCAAGUUCAAAUUAACUAAUCAAUGCUGUUCAAAGGUCAUAAUUGCAGACAACGAUUAUUUGAAUGUUUCCGUUCUUUAAAUCCUACUCAAUAAAUAUGAAGUCAAGUCUGAUAAAGCAUUUACACAAUAGUAAACUCUUUAGCUGAUUAAAAGCAAGUCUCUUAAUCCCUGCAGAUGCAAAAACAGCUCCUAUUUAUUGUAUUUUAUUGAUGCCUCCUUGCCACAAUCAGCUGUGGAUUUGAUAAAGGAAAUAAAACGACUGUUUAAAUCUUUGCAAGUGGACAAAGGCUUCAUCAUUGCCAUGGCUAGUUAUAGUGAUAUGGAUUUGAAGUUGAGUUGUUUCAACUCUGGAAUCGAUUAUUUCAUCACUAAACCUUUCGAUCUGUUUGAGUUAACUGCUAUUCUUUAGUAUAUAUAAUUUUGA